AUGGUUUUCGGCCACCGCACGCCCACUAAACGACAACUUCCAGUAAAUAAUAAUAUACCUGACAAUACACCCGACAGUAACGCAACAGACGAAAUACUUACAAUGACAGAAAAACAGUGCACCGCAGGGCUGGAACCACCCGUCGCUAGCUUCUUUUCCCUUUCACCGUCGACAUCAGCUGACACGGCCUCCUCUAAUACAGGCACUGACGGUACCGAAAAACGAACUACGCCUAUAUCGGACACAUCUGAUUCUGAGGCUGUAUUCGGGAAGACCUAUAAGUCUAGAGAGACCGAAAUUAGAGGCAUCUUCCAGAAAAUAAAUAUCAAACUAGACAGUGCAAAGAAUUUAAGAACUGACAUAAAGGUAGAAGUGAAGGCAGCAACCAAGAGACUCCAGGAAAUAGUGAAGGACCUACUGAACGAAAGAAAGGAUCAAACAAAGGAUUAUCCGAACCCCACUAGAAGGAAAGAAGAAGAAGAAAAGAAAGAAAAAGCAAAAGAACAAACAGAGAUAGAAGGUAAAGAAGUAAGAAAUAUAAUAAAUAAAAUAGAGGAACAGAAGAAGCUAAUAGAAGAAGGAAAUAGAGAGAUUCAAGAAAUAAAGAAGAUAAUCAAGGAACAGAGGAAGGAAGAGGAAACCACCAGAAGAGAAUUAAAGGAAAGCAUUGAAGAAAGCAGUAGAGUAACAAGCGAACUGAGAUCCUAUGCUAGCGUAGUGGCAACAGGAAUCAGACCUGGAGAUAGAGAACGUGCACCAUCACAAAAUAACCAGGCAGCAGCUAAACACGCUAUUAUAAUCACCUCAAAUGGAACGGAAACAAGUGGAGAGAUAAUAGAAAGGAUAAGGACAACAGUAAAUGCAAAGACUACAGGAGUAAGAGUGGACAGGAUAAGAAAGGCAAGAGACCAGAAAGUAGUUCUAGGGUGCGAAACAGAGGAGGAACUGGAAAAGGUAAAGGAGAGACUAAAACUCGAUAGUAAACUACGAGUGGAAAAGGCGGUGAACAAGGAUCCUCUAGUUAUUCUAAGGGAUGUACUAUGCGUAAACACGGAUGAGGAGAUUAUAACAGCGUUAAAACUACAAAAUAAGAACCUUAUGAGCGAAAUGGAAAAAGAGGAAGAAGAAAGGAUUAUUAUAACGGACGACCGCAUCGAGCAGCACCUGAUCAUACAAGCAAAUCUGCAGAGAAAGGACGCCGCAACCAGCGAACUAAUCAUGGAGGGCCAGAGGAGAAGGGCUACGGCGGCGCUGGUUCAAGAGCCUUACAUUGGAAAGGAAGGUAGAAUGAAGGCGUACAGGGGGACCAGAAUAUUCCAGUGCGCGGGGAAAACCGAGAAGGUCGUCAAAGCAGCAAUCGUGCUGUUUGACACAAACACCGACGCAACACUGUGUCCUGACCUCACCACACCCAACAUCGUCGUGGUAAAGGUGAAAACCGACGCACAGGAUGUGUUCCUGGUCUCAUUCUACUUCGAGCCCGCGCCAACGACAAUAGAUCCCUAUCUCGACGAGCUGAGGAAGAUAAGGCGAGCUGUAGGACCAAGAGUGGUAUUCGCUGGAGACGCAAAUGCCAAAAACAGUCUUUGGGGAGGAGAAAUCACGGACAGGAGAGGGGAAGAUCUGAUGGCCACCUGCGCAGAGAUGGGACUGUAUGUGUUAAACGAGGGAACGACACCAACGUUCGACACAUACAGAGGCGGAAGGAACUUCAGCAGCUUUGUCGAUCUUACUUUCUGUACGGAAGAUCUACUUGGAUUCAUCGAUGGAUGGGAGGUCGAUGAAGGACUAACCAGUUCGGACCAUAAUGGUAUAGUGUUCAAAUUAAGGAAGACAAAACUGAAAGGGGUAGAAAUAGAAAGAACAACGAGAAUAUACAACACGGGAAAGGCUCACUGGAGCAAUUUUCGAGAAAAAAUCAGCCAGAUGCUAGAUGAAAGUAAUAUUAACAAAGAAGAAAUGGACAGGAUAAGAACAGAAGAAGAAAUAGACAGAACAGUACAUAAAUAUAUAGAUAUCAUAAAACAAGCAAGUGACGAGAAUAUACCUAAAAUAAGAAGUAAAUCAACACUUACCAUUUCAUGGUGGACGGAGGAACUGGCAUCUCUAAAGAAAGAACUUAGAACCAGGAAACGAAGAAUCAGAUGCGCAGCGCAAACCCGAAGAGCGGAGGUCGUAAAUGAGUACCUGAAACUAAAAGAAAAAUAUGAGAAGGGAAUAGAAGAAGCAAAGCUGGAAAGUUGGAAGGAAUUCUGUGGGAAACAAAGCAGGGAAGGAAUGUGGGAGGGAAUAUAUAGGGUUAUAAACAGAACAACAAUAAGGAGGGAAGAUAUGCCUAUGGUGAGAGAAGGGAGGGUGCUGGAAAUGGAAGAAUCCGCUGAAUAUCUUGUGCAAACUUUCUUUCCCGACGAUGUCAAAGAGGACGACAGUGAGGUGCACAGGGACAUCAGGGCCAAAGCGGAAACAAUAAACGAGAGAGCAGAAGACACAAACGACCCCCCUUUCACAGAGGGAGAGCUCAAGCUGGUCCUGGAGUCCUUUAAUCCAAAGAAAGCCCCAGGCCUAGAUGGCCUGACCUUCGAUAUUUGCCGGGCAGCCAUCUUUGUCGCUCCGCAUAUAUUUCUGGCACUCAUCAAUAAAUGUUUGGAAAUCGGAUUCUUUCCCACCAUCUGGAAGGAAGCCACAGUGGUAGUGCUUCGAAAGCCUGGUAGGGCAGACUAUACGACGCCGAAGUCCUACAGACCUAUCGGUUUGCUUCCAGUGAUGGGGAAAAUAAUGGAGAAAAUGUUCGUGAAAAGGGCAAACUGGUACAUUAUGCCAAGGAUGAGUGCCAGACAGUACGGAUUUAUGCCACAGCGAGGUACCGAGGACGCCCUCUUUGACUUGCUGAGACACAUCAGAGGAAAACUGAAUGAAAAGAAAAUUGCAGUAAUGGUCUCGCUAGACAUAGAGGGCGCCUUCGACAGCGCGUGGUGGCCUGCAAUCAGAUGUAGGUUGGCGGAAGUAGGAUGCCCGGUAAACGUAAGGAAAGUGUUCGACAGCUAUCUGAGAGACAGGAAGGUUAGGCUGCGAUAUGGGGGAAGGGAAGUGGAGAAGGCUAACACGAAAGGAUGCAUACAAGGAUCUAUAGGGGGACCAAUAUUGUGGAACCUUUUGUUGGAUCCCCUACUGGAAGGCUUGGAAAGAAAGGGCGUCUGCUGCCAAGCGUUCGCGGAUGACGUUGUCCUGGUUUUUGACGGCCAUACCGCGGGCGAGAUCGAGAGGCAGGCAAACACAACCCUAGCCUAUGUUCAGGAGUGGGGUGUCUUAAACAAGCUAAAAUUCGCGCCGCACAAAACCAAAGCCAUGGUUAUAACGCGGAAGCUAAAGCAUGACGCCCCACGACUGAGCAUGGGCGGGACAAGAAUUGAUGUGGUGAAGGAGGUGAAACUCCUCGGACUGAUAAUAGACGAGAGUCUCACCUUCAACACGCACGUCAAGACUGUAUGUGCGAAGGCCUACCAGAUCUACAGGCAGCUGGCCAGGGCCGCGAAGAUAGGUUGGGGCCUGGACACGACAAUCAUCAGGACGAUCUACACUGCGGUGAUAGAGCCAAUCCUGAUGUAUGCCGCGAGCGCCUGGGAGCAGGCAGCGAGAAAGAAGUGUGUGAAAGUCCAAUUAGACCGGAUACAGAGGCUCUUUCUACAAAAAAUCUGUAAAGCAUACAGAACUGUCUCGCUGCACUCGGGAUUAGUCCUCACUGGGUUACUUCCACUAAACUUGAGGAUUGAGGAAGCGGGAGUUCUGUACAAAAUAAAGAGGGGCUUGCAUCCCCUCCCAGAGCUAGACGCAGAACCAGAGGGCAGAUCGGACGCGUUGGAAGUACCACACCCUGCGGAUGAGCCCCUGUUGACAUUCACGACGUAUGACUCCGACUUAAACAUAGAGAGACAGACAGACGUGACAAAUAUCUUCACUGACGGUAGUAAAUCUGAUGAUGGGGUGGGUGCGGCAGUCGUUAUUUACAGAAGUAGGACAGACGAAAAAUCAGUGAAAAUAAAAUUAGCGUCUUACUGUAGUGUCUUUCAGGCCGAGAUGGUGGCGCUGCACAGAGCAUUUGAGCUAGCGGAGAAGGAAAAGAGCCCGACAAUAAAUGUCUGUAGCGACUCCAGAUCGGCACUGGAGGACAUUACAAGCGGCCGUUCUCUCAAUCCCCUCACCAGUCAAAUAAGGCGUAAAAUUAAUAAAAUACGUCAAUUAAAAACUAUAAAUCUCUUUUGGAUAAAGGCUCACGCUGGACACGAGGGGAAUGAGAGGGCGGACCUGCUAGCGAAGGAAGCCGCCCAAAACAAUAAAAAGAAGCCAGACUACGACCUUUGCCCAAUCUCUACAAUAAAAAGACUAAUUAGGACAGAAACGGUGCAGCGUUGGGAGGAGGAUUACCAAAACGGAGGAACAGCCUCAACAACGAAAAUCUUCCUCCCAACAGCUGCAGCCGCUUUUAGGGUCAUAAAGAGGGUGGGAUUGGACGGCGAAGCAACACAGGCUCUAACGGGGCAUGGUGGUUUCGCCGCAUAUCUCCACAGGUUCAAACGUAAGGAUAGCCCCGUUUGCGCCUGUGGAGACGAGGAUGAGACGGUGCCCCAUUUGCUGAUUCGCUGCCCAAUCCACGCUCUCGAAAGACACAAACUGGAAAACCGACUUGACAUUGACUUGACAGAAAGUAACUUAAAAAUAAUCAUGAUGGACGACGGGAUGAGGCCUCCUUUGCUACAAUUCUUUAUAGAACCCGUCCUGAUGUAUGCCGCGGGAGCAUGGGGGCAGGCCGUAAGUAAAAAGUGUGUAAGAGUCCAGUUUGAAAGAAUUCAGAGAGUGUUUUUACAAAGGAUAUGUAAGGCGUACAGAACCGCAUCGCUACACUCGGUUCAAAUCCUCACGGGAAUCCUUCCCAUUAACCUGAGGAUUGAGGAGGCGGCGGUUCUGUACAGGGUGAAAAGAGGUCUCAGCCCCCUUCCGUAUCUCGACGCGGACAUUGAGACCAGAGCCAGACCGAGCGAACUCCCACACCCUGCUGACGAGCCGCGUCUAGCCUUUGACCAUUACAGCCCAGAGCUUGGACUUGACCAACAGGCAGACGCGACAAACAUAUACACCGACGGCAGUAAGACGGAUGACGGGGUGGGCGCCGCAGUGGUAAUGCGGAGACUCGACAAAGAACUCAAGACUGUCAAAAUAAAACUGGCGACUUACUGUACGGUCUUCCAGGCCGAAAUGGUGGCGCUGCAUAAGGCUGUGCAACUGGCAACGAAAGUUGCCAGCCCAAAGGUAAACCUGUGCAGCGACUCCAGGUCGGCCUUGGAUGACAUAGUGAGCGGUCGCUCCCUCAGUCCCCUCGUUGUGCACAUUAGAGAGACCCUUGGGAGCCUCUCCAACCACAAGGAGGUGAGGCUCUACUGGAUUAAAGCACACGUGGGUCACGAGGGGAAUGAGAGAGCCGACCAGCUCGCUAAGGAGGCCGCACAUGACAAAAAGAGAAAACCCGACUAUGACAGAUGUCCAGUCUCAAAAAUAAAAAGACUGUUGAGAACCGACUCGAUUCGGCGGUGGGAGGAGGAAUAUGGAGUUGGAACAACGGCUUCUACGACCAGGUUCUUCCUCCCAACCGUCUUAUCUGCCCUUAAGGCAAUGAGAGAGGUGGGGCUGGACAGCGAGCUAACACAGGCCCUAACGGGCCAUGGUGGGUUUGCCGCUUACCUCCACAGAUUUAAAUUAAAAGAUGACCCUACUUGCAUCUGUGGGGAAGGCGACGAAACUGUACUGCACCUGUUAGCCCGCUGUCCAGUUCACGCGCGGGAUAGAGCGGAAUUAGAAAUGAGACUGGACAUAAACUUGACUGAAAACAGCCUGUCGGAAAUAUUCUCCAGCAAUAAAGCGAGGCCAAAAUUAGUAAAAUAUAUUAAGAAAAUUGUGCGUAAGGCAAACGCCAGGAAUAAAUAA